AAAAUGUAGACGGUAUAUACAUAUCCAAAAAUAAAAUAAUUGGGACUGGAGAAAUAUAAAUGCUUUUGGUGUUCUUAAAUUAAAUACUUAAAAGUGCUCAGCAUAUGUUAAAGUUGCAUUUAAAACGAACAAUAUAAAUUUUAUAAUAAUUAUUUAAAAUACUAAAAAAGGUACUAAAAUGACUACAAAGAUUUUAAAAGUGGAAGAAUUGCCCACUGAAAAGGAGCAAAUAACCAACACCCUGGAAUGCGUGAAAUAUAUACAACAAUUUCAAAAUUUUACUGGUACCCAGCCAAAUAUUGACCAUUUACUUUUGCAUAUUAAGGCUGUUAUUGACAAGGAAUUGUGGGAACCAGAUGAAAGGAGCAGCAUACAAUAUAAUCAAGUAGUGAUAAAUGUGGCAUUCCGCAGUUAUUAUCAGUUGUUAAAGAAAAACAAUUUGGAAGAUCGUUUUUAUGGCGAAUUUAUCCAAGACAACUUUAGCAAGGAUGUGUUGUUAAACGAAAAGAAUUUUAUUAUGCUGCAGUCUAUUUUACUAACAAAUGAAACAUUGGUGUUAAAUACGGAAGAUAUUCUCCAGAAAUUGCUGAAAGCUUUUAUUUUGGCAGUGGAUUCCAAUAAUGUUGCAUUGAUGUCCAUUUUGAAAUCUCUAAAUUUAUUGUGCAAAAAAUUUCCCAAACUUAAUUUCGAUUUUUCAUUGUCUUUGGAUCACAUAUAUUUUUGCUUGCAAUCCAAUCAUAUGGGUAUGCGCGAUGAGUGCAUGACUCUGUUGCAAUUUGUUUGCUCAAACCGAGAAUUGGCUUUGCUGUACUUUCAGAGUGUGGUGAAUUACUGGCCCUGGACAAAUCGAAAUAAAUUAUUUGUUCUAGGAUGCAUAUUGAACAAAUAUUCCUUAGACGAGUUCUUACAGGCGAGCGAUCAUGAUAAGGAAGAUUUCUUUUUGGGCUUGAGAUCUACUUUAAAUUACAAGAAUCUGUUGGCCCCCAGUCAGUAUUUGGUCAGGGCCUUGAGUAGCCAAAAAUCUAUGGAACUUUUGGAAAUAGCUGUUAAUAUCUUGACAAUGGGCAACAAGAAAGAAAUACAGAAUUUCUAUGCCCAGUGGUUCUCACGCAUACAACAAAAGGAUGAACUAUUCGAAAUGUUGCAACAAAAACCAGAAAUUGCUCUUUUCAUAGACAAUUCCUCCGAUUAUCUAAUGGAUAAUGAGCAUAGCUAUCGUUUGAUAUUGAUAUUCAGCAUGUUUUCCAAACAGGUGUUCCACUUGUCCAAGUUGCAUUUUUUCAAAUUGAGUACCGAAUUGUUGACCAACUGCUUUCAAUACGAUACUGAGUGCCAAUUAUUGAUAUUUAAAUUUAUUGUGGAUAAUCUGGCCAAUUUUGCCAUAGAAGAUUGCAUGGAAUUUGUAGAGUCCUUCCUAAGGACACACAGCUCAGUGGACAAUUCACAAUUUCGUAAUACCAUGUUGGGUAAAAUGCCCAAUAUUAUAAACUAUAUUGCCAAGACUUUCUGCAAGCUGUGUUUGAACGCCCAACAAACUUCUUCAUUGGAAUCGAGCAUUUUAAAUUUUUUUCUGCAUUUACAAAAGGAUAUUGAACAAGGUAUAGCCAGCGAAAUUUACCAGCCCAAAAUUUUUUGCUUGAAAUUAUUGGAAAUCCUAUUGAAGUCUUUGUAUACGGAGACGGUUACGAAAAAUGCCAAAAACUGUUGUGUAUCUCAGAAUCAACAAUUGGGUUUGUUUCUGAAAGAACACAAUGUAUUCGAUAGUGAUAAGGUGGCCAUGCGUUUAAUUGAGCUGUUAAACGAUCCCUUGGGAUUCGACGAUGCUUUAGAGUUGAUAGUUGCUUUGUUGAAAAUGAUAAAACCUCAAGAUGUGGUGGUAAAUUUAGCUUUGGAUUUAUGCCAAAGAGCUUGCAGUUUUUCUAAUGUGGACGUGUGUAAUCUGAGCUCUUUAUAUGCCCGAGUAGCGGUGCAAAAUUGUCACGAAGAGGAGAAUCUGAAAGAAUUCUUAAAUAUUGUACUUACGAAUCUAAAAGAAAACCUGGUAAAAUAUGAUAAAGAUCCUCUACUGUCAUGUAAAACUCAAGGUGGUCAUUUAUUUGGCCUGCUUAAUGUACUCUAUGAGUUAACGGAAUUUAGGCCAGAAUUAUGUGCCUCGCAAUACUUGAACAUAUUAAAACUUAUGGAGGAAAUUGAAAGUCUUGUAAUUAAAAAGUUUAAUUUGUCAGUGGUGGAGAAUGCGGAAGAAAUUUUAGCGGCUGCGUCGUUUGAAGACAUGGACAAAAGUCUGGAGAUGUUGGUGUGCCAAAGCACUUACAGUGCGGAAGACCAUGACUUGUGUCGCAAAUAUCUGCUCAUGUCAUUUUGGUUGACCCUGAAGGCCUGCUGUGACUUGGCUUCUGCUAUGGCUAGUUACGUGGUAAAGAAUAAAAACCUCUCAGAACAAAGCUGCAGCUUUAUACAAAGAUGCUUGCAGGUCAUUGUAACGGUUCUCACAAAAUGUCGCCACAAAGGAGCCAUAGAAGCAGCUGGCAUUUCUUUAGGCAAAUUAACUAAAGCAAUUACAAUGCAUUUAGGCGAGGACACAGCUGAAUUUAAUUUACUACACUUGUGUCUGCAACAAUUGUAUGAAGUAAAAGAGUCAAAUGUUAGCACCACACGCAGAGGUGCUGGAUUUUCCAUUAUGUUUUUACAUAUAGUGAAAAAUGAAGAUCAUCGUGGUAGACCCAUCUUGAAAAGGGCAGUAGAAAAUCUUUUAAAUUCCCUCGUUAAGUCCGAGGAUGCGGCAACUGAUAAAAAUUGUGACCGCUUAGAGGCAUUGUAUCUGCAUUUCCUUUGUGUGCUGGUAAAAGAUACUGAACUGCGUGAAGCCAUGUCGAAAUACUACAAUGAAAUCAUGAUGGCAGCUGUUAAUCAAAUAGACAAUCCAGAAUGGACUAUAUGCAAUGCAGCUCUACAAUUGUUUGGUGCUUUAGUGCCAAAGAUUGUGGGUCAAAAACAAGCCAAUGAAUUUGAAGAUCCGCUGUUGUGGGAGCCCAGCGAGGUAACUUUCAGUGAAAUUAAUCGCAAACUGCCAAAAGCAUGUGUCUACAUACUGAACUAUUGUUUGGCCGAAAAAUCCUCCACAAGAUCCAUAAUAUUAUUUUUAGAAUUUUUACAUAAAGUAGAAUACAUUUACAAGGGUGCUGUCGAACCCGACAAUCCUGUACACAGCUACAGGCAGUUAAUGUGGCGUUUACUGCAACACAACUCGGAAAAAGUGCGUAAAUUAGCCGCCAAAUGCUUAAUAAGAUCACACGAAUUUCGUAUAGAAUUGCCCGAAAUGUUGCUGCAAAUAACUACCAUACUGUUCUCGGUUGAAAAUGAGAAUUUCUUUGAGGGUUUAGUAUAUAGCCUGCAAGAGGGUAUACUUAAAUUGCAGCAUGAAUCCAAGCACAUAAUAGCCCAACCAAUUUAUCAGCAAAUAGAGCAACAAAUCAAAGAAAACUUACAGCACACCUUCCCCAGUCAUUGUCUGACAUAUAAAUUCUUAACUUUGUGUAAAUUAUGGGACUUGUUGAAACUCCUACAACACUCAGAGUUAAUGGAACAGUUAAAAGUUUUAGCACAACCCCAGGACAAACUGAAUAUAAUGUUGGGCUAUGAUUUAUGGCUAGAACGUACACAAUCAACUUCAAAUUAAAUUAGUUAUAAGAUUUCAUUUUACUAACAAGACCACAAAAUUAUGCUACACUUUUAUGUCAAAAUAAUUCAAAUCAAAAUGUUUAUGUAACAACAUAUUAAAUUUUAAUAAAAUACCUGUUUAGACCAAAUAUAUGUAUGUAUGUAUGUACGUAUAUAUUGUAUUGUAAUUUUAAUUUAGUUAGUGAUUAUGCUUAAAUAUUAAACGUUAUCGUAUUUUCAAUGAAACGUUAACUGAAACAAAAAAAUAGAAAUAAAAUAAUCGUAUGCUAUGACAAUUUCUUAUUUAAA